UCCCAACGCGGUACCAAUACAGGUUCAAAGCACCAAGCUGCGAAUGUGCACCUGAUGCCUGUGCGAAAUUGGCCACGAAAGAAAAUACUCUUCGAUAACCUCCACGAGCCGGAAAACGUGAAUAUAUACUCGAUUCGGUGGAAAGACUGUGGCCGAUUUCUGCGAAGUGUUCAGCUUCAAUCAUACCAUGGUUGUUCAACACAACACAUGGCAUCGGAGGGGGAGCUUGCAAGGGAAAAGAGAUCUAAUGUUCUUGACCUUUCUUUCUUGCCAUGUGCGAUGCGUACUGCAGCAGGAGUUGCACUGUGCCGACUGAUAUCAAGCUAUGAGUGUUCGCUGGUGUUGACCAUCACUAACUGGCGCUGUUGGGCUGUUCCUGUGUUCAAGCAAAGAUGCUUUCAAUUCACCUUGUCUAACAUGAGUUUGAGGCUCUCAUUUCUUUACCCAGCUUUGACCACCUCCAACUUGUCGUUGCUGUGGUGUCUUUAGUUCGUAUAAAAGUGUGAGUGAUCUCAGAACAGAACAGCACAGACGAGAAUCAGUCUUCCUUGCUUUGCUUCUUUCUUCCUGUCUUUACGCAAUCAGAUACAAAUAUUCCAGCCAUGAACAUCUCUUCUUCAAAGUCAACAAAGCACGUGCUUUGUGUUUUGGUAUUCUUCGUGACAUCACUGAGCAUGCUUCCCGGGUUCGAGGGCCGUAUCCAUCGUAGUCGUAGGAGCUCUUGCCGGCGAUUUCUCCAGCGGCUCGCUAGUCAGGAGAGGUACGCCGGACAAGCUGACAAGAUCCGUCUGACUGCCCUUUGUGGUGUGCGACUCGUCAAUGCGUCGCCCGCUGCUGCUCAAACAUCUCACCGAGUGUCAUUCAAGAUAUCACCUGAUCACUUUGCCAACUCAUCCCCUCUAUUGGAUGCAAGGUUGCAUAUACACAUGGAGCCCACUUCAGAAGCAGUUUGCACCACAACGUCCAAUGCCCCUCGUCCCAUAUUUCAUCCUGUUCUCCAGAGAGAGAAUUCCAGCAACGUCACAUUUCUUCUUAGACCCGUAACUGGAAGUGAAGAGCAGAUCUCACCCCCAUCUCCAGCGCAAGUCGCUCGGAAUGGCAAUAGCAGAGGUGAUUGCAAGGCAUUCUGGCUAGAUAUAAAAGUAACAACAAUCAUGGCCUAUAUGCUGCACCGCAAGGACGAUGGCAGCAGCAAUACGAAGACAAACAAAGCACAGUAUCUCACUAUGUCCCUCGAUCCCAGUACCAGCUAUGGAGGAUUUCGUAUUACUACAUCUCUGUCCAAAGGCCCAGUACUGACAGUGGCACAGAGGUCUUCGAGUAAAUCAGAUGCAUCAGUCAAGGUAACCCCGUCAUUCACAGGCGAAGAAGCCAGACAACGUCAUAGGAAACAACAGCAACGCAGACAUCGCCGCUCUGCGACAGAAACUGAUAACCAGACUGCUGACUCCCAAGACAGUGGCGACGAAGGCAACGAGUGUCGUCCAACACGCUCCAUAGAUGAUGGCUCGUUGUUUCUGUUCACCAAUGAAGUGCAGAUCAGUGUCAAACGUGACAAUAUCACACACAUAUAUUACCUAGACCAGAAUCUUGUGCUACAUCGUUGUAAACCUAACUCUUGUACGAAUUACCCGCUAUCCCACCCAGUACAAAUUAACCCCAAGACGCCUGGACACAUUGCAUACUUCCAUGACUACAGGCAAAUGCUUGAGCAGAAGGCAUCCGGUGCAGGCAAUACAAUUGCGGAGUCCGUGGGCUGUAGACCUGUUCGAUAUCGUCACUUCAGGAACUGCGCAGUACAUCCUGAGCACGAUCAGGAUACGCUGACAAUGGUCACACUACGAAACGUACAUGCCAGUAGCUGCAAGUGCACCUUGUCCUGAUGCAGAAAAUGGUGCUGGUGCUUGCUCUCAUAAACUUUCUACAUGCUACACAU